UCGCGCAGCGUUAGUUUUGCUGACAAAGCAAAAAACUGUCUUGAUUUGGAUACUUAUACGUUUGCCUUCAGCAUUUUAUGUUGAUCACAUAUUGCAUAUUUGGAUAAACUGAUGGUGGCGUUCUGAAAAUUGUCCAAUCAAUAUUAGCGUAUAGAAGCUGCAAUAUAUUUAAUACAGUCGCCUCGUAAGAGGCGCACACAUUGUUGACAUGGGCGGGUUUUUUGCACUGAUACUGGUGACCUGUUUGGGUGGAAUUUUGGGGUGCCAGCUUCCCCACGACUGGAGACCCCAGACGGAAGCCUGCAGAGCAGAGCUUGCGGAGAUCAUCGUUUACGCCAAGGUCCUCGCGCUACACAAGGACUCUUACAGCGUGUACAACUACCUGCCCUGGCAGUACGACACGGACCUGUUCUUCUCUGCUGAGAUCGAGCUCCUGUGCGACCAGGCAUGGGGCAGCAUGCUUGAGGUGCCCGCCGGCUCCAGGUUCAAUGUCACCGGACUGGGAUAUUUCCCCUGCUACUCCUACAGCGUCGUUGAAAACAAUGCUUACUACUUCUUCUUGCGGAUGGAUGAGAACUACAGCAUCAUCCCGCACGGUGUGAACUUCCAGGACCCCAUAUUUCCCGACACACCGGAGAACCACCGCAUGUUCGCCAGCCUCUUUCAGUUUGCCAACUGCACGCCCGGAACCCAGGUCCACACCUACACACCCGAGUGGGAGGCCCAAGAGGAUAGCCGGCUGCUGUGCUCAACGGUGCAGAAGGCGCUGUAUGAGGAGGAGGAGCGUGUGAAGACCCUUUCUCAGAAAGUGCGCUUCCUGGAGAAAACCAAUAACCACCUGAGGGACAAGGUGAAGAACAUGAAGCGCCUACUCAGGCAGGCCAAGCGCGAGACCAAGGAGCAGACCCUCAGCCUCAAGCACCUCCACGACCCCGUGCCCCUGGAGCCCGACCAAGCUCCCCACCCCCAGCAGGACACCACCCAGGACCAGAGGAAGCCCCUCAAGAAGGCCUUCGCCAAGAAGCCCAGGAACUGAGACUGGCCCAAAA